GAAUAGUAACACAUUGAUUUUUAAUGUGUCGAAUAAACAACAAUGAAACAAAAUUUUGAUUCAUUUUUGUUCAAUUGUCAAUAAACAUACAAUCUAUGCAUAUAUAUGUAUCAGAAUUAGUCGGAUAAAAAUAGUUGAAUUGUGCAGUACUUAUCCUAUUGUCUCUUGUGCGUAGUUUAUUCUCUCUCUCUCUCUCUCUUACACACACACAUACACAAACGAAAGAAAAAGAGUGCAGAAACACGAAAUUUUACUAUAUUAAUACCAUUUCCACAUAAAAUUUAAUUUGAUUAACGCUUAUUCUAACAUUCAUUCUAUCAAUCACUCACUAUUCUUAUCAUUCUUAUCAUCCACAAAUUUGGAUAACUGAAUUUCGAUAACUGAACUCGUUGUCGAAAAAUGUUGCCGAAAGUUUCAUUGACACCAGAAUUAUGGACAAAAAUAUUUAUUGUAGUCAAUAGUUUAUUUGUGGUGUUCAAUUUCAUCCUAUUUGCAAUUGGUCUUAGUGCAUUGACUACUUUAAUGAAAUAUGGCAUUAUAAUGAAUGUACCCUUGCCUGCCAUUUAUGGAACUGUGAUAUUCACUGGACUAGUGGGGAUCAUUGCAGCCGUGAUUGGUUUGAUUGGAUUAUGGAAGAAAAAGAAUUAUAUUGCUUUGGCACAUAUGAUCGGUUUGGGCAUUGUAACCCUUGUCAAUGUUUGUAUUGCUUUUGCUGCAAUCGCUACAAAAGAGAAAUUUAAUACUGAUGUUCAAGAAAUGUUAUACAGUUCAGUUUCAAAUUAUAAUCAAACGGAAUAUGGAGGACAAUUUGAUAAGCUGCAGGUAUCUUUUUAUUGUUGUGGAGCUAUUUCAUACAAAGAUUAUCCGAAAUUUAAUAUGAAAAUACCACCAUCGUGUAGAGUUGGUGAAUUAACUUAUGCAAGAGGUUGUAUACAAGAAGUAAUUGAAUAUGCUCAACAAAAUGUCAAUGCAUUGAUAGCUCUUUGUCUUGUAACAGCAAUUCUUCAAGGUGUUUAUUUGGGUAUUUCAAUGUGGAUGCUUCGUAAAUCCGAUGAUGGCCUUGGUAUGGCGGCAUAAUUUUAAUUUCAAUCAUAAAAUAAUGCUUUCUUUAUUGAAUAAAAAUUCAUUCAUGGAUGCUGAGAAUCAUUUGUGAUUACGAGGAAUAAUAACAAAAAAAUAACUAACUCAUCGUUUUGUUUUUUUUAAUGGCUCAUUCAUCAAUUUUGGCUUUUCUUACAUUUUUAUUUUGUUUUUUUUUGAAAAAGAAAAUGGCGGGAAAAUGAGCUGUACACAUUUUCACUUGUUUUAAUUGUUAAUUAUCAGCAUAAAACCAACAAAACAACCAAAAAACAAAACACAGUAUAACAUUAUCAACAAUAAAAGUAUAUAUGAACAUUA